AUGGCAAUUGACGCAAUGGAAAUCGACAACCUGCCGCUGCGCACAGCGGACGCAGAGCGCAAGCGCAAAUCCAAAAAGGACGCAUCCGCAUCACCAUCCAAAAAGCGAAAGCAAACAUCCUCAAAAGCAACUCCACACCAAGACCUCAAUCCCGAGUCCCCCUUCACCCUCACAACAGCAACCCUCUACCUGCCCCUCAAGCCACCGGCAACUCUACGCACCUCUUCGGACUUGAACCCGCAGCCGCUCACACUCGCCACAACAGCGGAUGAGUAUGGUGUCUUGUACGUCUACCUGACCGCCACGUUCUUGGUGUUCCGUCCGAAGCGCGGACAAACACUUGAGGGAUGGGUGAAUGUGCAGUCGGAGGGAUUCCUUGGUGCUGUCGUGUUCAACUUGUUCUCUGUCGGCGUUGAGCGCAAGCGUCUACCCUCGAACUGGAAGUGGGUCCCGCCUGGCGAGGAUGCUGAGACGCCGGCUUUGACCGACGACGACUCGGGCUCUGAUAAGGAUGCGGCGGAUUUCGACACCGAGAAGGAAUGCUUCAAACCUACUACUCUCUCUGAGGGCGAAAUCGCCAUUGACGACGAGGAGGAGGAGUCCGCUCACACCGGUUAUUUCCAGUCUGUUUCUGGACACCGCGUGCAUGGCUCUGUGCGUUUCCGUGUUGUCGAUGUGGAUGUCAUUCCCGGCUCUGAGCGGGAUCGUGGUUUCCUUAGUAUUGAGGGAACUAUGCUUUCUGUUGAGGAGGAGGAAAGACUCCUUGAGGCUGAGCGCCAGGGUCAGUCUUUGCCUCCGUCGUUCUUCUCAUCACCUAAAAAGAUCUCUGGAUCUAUCCCCGUGAUGGACGUCCCGGCGGCGUCGGUGGUGCAGGAGCUCUCGACUGUGGAUGUGCAUCUUGAGCCUAGCCCCAAGAAGGAGAAGGUGAAGAAGGAGAAGAAAGAGAAGAAGGACAAGACCGAAAAGAAGGAAAAGAAGUCCAAGUCUUCCAAGUCGAAGAGCAAGGACGAAUAA